CAGAUAGCCGAAAAGCUACAAAGCGAUACAACACGCAGUCAUCUGGACAAAAAGGAAAUUUCGAAAUAUUUAUUGACACCUUUUUCCUCAAACGACCACCAGCACAUUUCGGGGAUAAUUGACGACCCCGUGCAUCAGAGGGGAAAGGACACAUAAUUGUAUUUGUUUCGUUUAGUUAAAAAAAAAAUCUACCUACACUUACCUGGAUUGACAGAAUUUAAAUCAAUCUCGCAAUCAUGCUGAAUAACAUGGAUUUGAACUCUAAAGAUUCCUUCUACCCUCAGUUUGAGAAUUGUAACGGUUCUUCCCUGGGGAUGGAAAAUAGCGCUCGGAAAGAUACCCAGGAGAUGUUUUCGGACGCAGAGAGAGGAACACCUACCCAGUUUACCCAUGAGGGAGCACCUGUAACCCUGAAAACCGAGGCCUCCAACUCAGAUUUCGCCUUUAAUCCCUGCGAGGGGCCCAAAGGCAGCUACUCCUCCUCCCUCGCCUACUCAGGCAGCUUCUAUGUCGAGGCGACCCAGGGGGGGCCGUGCAGCACAGAGACAUUGCUCAACAUGAUCACAGAAAUUGUCGGUAUUUCUACGUUACCAAUCUCCGAAGUUCAACUGAGCACCAUGGACAGCAGCAGCUUCGACGACGCCGGCGUCCAGAGGCAAUCCACUUGCAGCGCCACCCCGCCCCUGUACUCACCGGGGCAGACAUGUCCCAGCUACCCCGACGGUCAAUCCGGCGGCCAAGCUCAAGAUUCAGCCUCUCCCCAGGUGAGCUUCGGCUCCCCAGCUCAAGUCCGAAACCAGAACAGCACCACCGAGCCACAGCCAGAAGCUGCGUCUUUUCCAGUAGUGGUCAAGAAUGAGUUCGAGAGCAGCUGUUACGAAUGGGGCACGUUCAAUAAAUCGGACUCCUAUUUGGAAACGGGCUUCCAAUCAUCAGAAACGUUCCCGAUGUCCACUGACUUCCCGUCUGACCAACAAGUGGAUGUAAAGGACCUUUUGGACUCAUUUUCCCCAAUGUGUCCUAACUCAGCGAUGGAGUUCAAAGUUGAAGGCGGAAUCAAGCAGGAGCAGUGCUAUUCUGACACCUGCUCUCAGAGUUUCUGCAGUUCUCUAUACUCCAACUACCCAGUGCCAGUCAUGGACCUCUCAACCAACAACCUCCUCAAGCCAGCUAUGUUUCCCAACAUUGAACUUCCGCCAUUAUCUAAUCAGUGCGAUUCGUCUUGCCAGCUUACCUCACCAGCUUUACCCAGUACUAUAGACUCAAUUCUUUACUCCUCCUUAUUGCCAGACUCCUUUGCCCAAAGUUACACGCCGCGCGCGCAAAAGGCACCGCGUGUCAGAAAAAGCCCCGCGGCCUCCACCGGGCCUGCCAAAGAGAAACCCUUCACCUGCCCCAUGGAGAACUGCGACCGGCGCUUCUCCCGCUCGGAUGAACUCAACAGGCACAUCCGCAUCCACACCGGACACAAACCCUUUCAGUGCCGCAUCUGUCUGCGCAGUUUCAGCCGUAGCGAUCACCUCACCACCCACACCCGGACUCACACGGGAGAGAAGCCGUUCUCCUGCGACGUAUGCGGCAAAAGGUUCGCCCGGAGCGACGAGAGGAAAAGGCACGGUCGCGUGCACCUGAAACAGAAAGAGAAGAUGGAGCUGAAGCCACAAGUGAUCAGCGCGUGGCCAUUUACUCUUCCCGAUGGAAUUUGAAGAGACACCACUACGCACACGAGUAGCUCUGUCCACACAACAUUACAAUCUUUCCGUCGAAGAUAAAAAGCUUGACAGUUCAUUGCUGAUUACAGGUCGACGUAUCAACGUUUGCGGUGUGACAUAUAGGUCGAGUGAAAUUGGUUUGACUCUGUGAAAGUCUCUGUAGGGAGUCUUAGAAUAAGGAUGUUUUGCGAGUUUGAUUUGCAUAAUGCUAUAUCGGAAAGUGAAUUGUGAAAAGGGUCUGCUCUUUCGACCCUCGUUUACUUGCUGCUGCUGACUCUAUGCAACACAUGCAUAACUUGAUUGUAAAACCUUCCCGAGUUGACAGCUCAACAGACACGUGUUGUAUUUCUCUGUUACAAUCAACCAAUUUGGUCAUGCCAAACCGAACACCAAGGCAUCAUAACAAAUGCCUGCAGCAGUUCAGCACCCUUUCGUCUGGACAGCGCCAACUUCAAACCUCGACGAAGAAAUAUACCAAUAAGAAAACGAACUGCAUCGAAAGUGCUGGGCUGUAUUGCACUUAUAUCUAAUUUGAGAUAUCCUCUAUCUACUAGAAAGUCUUAUAUUUUAUGCUUUCGGGGCUUUUUUAUUUCACUAACACUGCAACCAGCCAGAUAGUGGUUCUUCAAAUGCAUGCUUAUGUUCAUGUGGUAUUAUUGAAUAUAGCCAACAAAUAACUUAGUCCUCCACUUGCCGAAUGGAAGUGCAGGAGACUUCGUUUUAUGACAUGAAUGUAACACAUUAUUCUUGGCUUUAGUCACGAAGCAGUCCAUUUGUGCCAAGGUUUUGAGAAUUUAUUUUGCUUUGCUAUCAGUAUUCUAUUGAUUGGUCUUUGUGUUGUAUUUAAACAAAAUGGUUGAAUUAUUAAAUCGUGAAAGUUAUACCAUAAAUGGAAAAUAAAUAUAUUUGUAUGACUGUACUUUGUAUUUUUAUAGCUGUGUAUAUACAUAUUUCAAAAGACCACUGUUUAACCUUGAAUUGUUAAAGUGGAAAAGGCUUUCUUUCUUUUUUAAACAUACUCACAAUGUUUUACGUGUACCUUUGGAGGGCUGGUAGCAAAAUAGUGUUUUAGAGAGAUUGUCAUUUGAUAUAAAUAUAUUUCUAAGACAAGUAAAAUAUGACCUAACUGUUCGUAUAAUAGUGACUCGAAAUCUCAUUUGAUUACACUGCUAAUCAGUUCGUGAUGAGGACUAUAGUGUUAAACUAGUAAGUCAUUAUACAUGGCUCUGGUACAGUACGAUGUACUGUAUUUUACUGUCAAGCCAGAAGUGACUAGCAGCACAACACAAAAACAUUGCUGUUGAGUAAUCAGGUAGCACACAUUGCUGCGAGUUGAUGUACUUUUCAGAUGAGAUGAUUUAAGACUUGACAAGGCAUUGCUGAUGAGGAAGCUAUUCACGUUAGCAAAACAAAACAAUGGUUAUGGCUUGGCGAGAAUGUCACCAAUCAGUCAGGGUACUGUAAAAAAAAAAGUGUUUUAACUCGCAUUAAGUUAUAUUAACUGCUUGGGUAUAUCAUGAAUUUUGUAUAUAUACACAGUUUAUACGAAAAUACUUUCGAUAAAUUGAAUAUUGAUGUUGUUAUUUUUAUGACAAAUGUUUAUGAAUAAAAUGUUUGGUUUUCUGGAAA